GUGCCUUAAAACCCACAAAACCCUAAAUGGCCAAUUGGAGAAUUGCGACCGCGACCCUCCGUCGCCAUCUCCGAUCCCCACCGCCUACUAUAUCUGCCGCCUACAGAGAUCCGAUCAGAGCCUUGUAUUCGGCUAAUCAGCUUCGAAGCUACAGUUCAGCUCUCGCCGAUGAUGACGAUGAUGAUCGGAGAGGGAAAUGGCUAACUCUGCCUCCUUUCUCUCCCACCAUAGACGCCGCCGCGGUAGGAAAGGAGCUCUCUUUCGACGGAGACUCCGUCGCCAAAGGCUCAACGACGGCGCUGAGGUGGAUUCUUCGUUGCCGUCCCGACCUACCUAGAAACCUCGUACAGAAACUCUUUCGUUUAAGACAGGUUAGAAGAGAAGUGCCUUUGAGUUGUGACGGUGAUGAACUGCAAAGAAGCCAACUUAAAAGGGUGGCAGCCAAGGAGUCAUUGAAUGUAGGAGAUAGAAUUUACCUUCCUUUGUCUGUAGGCAAUGAUGCGCCGCCGCCUGCUAAGAAAGAACGCUUUCGUUGCAGUGAAGAAGAGCGCAAAUUCGUUUGCAGUUUAGUGUUGUACAAGGAUCCAGCCAUUAUUGUCUUGAAUAAACCUCAUGGUAUGGCUGUUCAAGGAGGGACUGGGGUCAAAACCAGCAUCGAUGAACUCGCUGCCACUUGCUUGACUUUUGAUAAGUCAGAAUCUCCCCGGCUGGUGCACAGACUCGACAGAGACUGUAGUGGACUUUUGGUGUUGGGAAGAACACAAACGGCUGCGACACUUCUUCAUUCUAUAUUCCGCGAGAAAACAUCUGGUGCAUCUGCAUAUGGUGUCAAAAAGAACAUAAAAACCUUGAAAAGGAAAUAUCUGGCACUCGUGAUCGGGUGUCCAAGACGUCAAAGGGGACAGAUCUCAGCGCCACUCAGAAAGGUUGUUGUGGAUGAUGGAAAAUCUGAUCGUAUCACAGUUGAUGACAACGGAGAACUUGUUUCUACUCAGCAUGCUAUCACUGAGUACCGAGUGGUCGAAUCUUCACCACAUGGAUACACAUGGCUGGAGCUUCGUCCUUUAACCGGCAGAAAACAUCAGCUCCGUGUACACUGCGCAGAAGUUCUAGGAACACCGAUACUCGGGGACUACAAAUACGGUUGGCAAGCUCAUAAAACCAGGGAACCUUUUGUCUCUUCAGAAAACACCCCGACCAAGCCAUCAUCUUCGUCUCCUUUUGGCCUGGAUAUGGAAGGUGGAGAUGUAUCUUCGAAACAGCCACACCUUCAUCUCCAUUCUAAGCAAAUUGAUCUGCCAAACAUCUAUCAGCUCUUGGAGAAACUGCAUGUUUCUUCAGAUUCUGAUAUCUCUGAUAUCGAUAGCCUUAAGUUCGAUGCUCCGUUGCCUACUCAUAUGCAGCUAAGCUUCAACUUGUUGAAAUCUAGAGUCGAAACUUGUUAGAUUUGUUAUCAGUUGUUUCAUUUUUUUGUAACCAAAGCUUUAUAGUACGUGCUUUGUGUCCCUUUUGGACCUGAAUCACUCUCAUACCAAGAUAAAUGAUUAUUUUCACACA